AUGAAGGAAAGGUUAAGACGGCUGAAGGAAAAAGUAGAAGGGAGAAAGGAAGAGAAGGGGGAGGAACGAAGCGAGAGAGUGGAGGUGGAGAGAAGGCUGGAAAGGAAGGAGAAGGAGGAAAGAAGAAGAAAUAUAGUGAUAAGGGGGUUAGAGAUAAGAGGAGGUGGGAGGAAAGAAGAGGCAGAAAAGCUACUGGAAAAAAUAAGAGCUAAAGUGAAGGCAAUAGAGGUGAAGAGAAUAGGGGGGGACGCGGAAAAGGGAAGGGAAAUGGUGCUGCUGAAGUUGGAAAACGAAGAGCAAAAAUGGGAGGUGGAGAAAAAGAAGUUGGAAGUGGAGAAGUUGAGGAUAGAGAAAUAA